GCCGCUCCGACGUUCAUUUCAGGUGCUCGACGAAAUGCCGAUACGAUUAGCAGGAAACAUUACCCAGGACUGGGAUCCGGUUGUGCUUUCCAAGCGAAAGCCCAAAGGCGCAGAUCUCAAAGAUCCCAAAGCGGUGAACAACGCGAUCAGAUCCGGUGCGGCAGUGGAGACUGUGAAGAAAUUCGACGCCGGAUCGAACAAGAAGGGUGCUUCGGCAGCAUCACAGCCUGCAAUAAACGCGCGGAAAUUGGAUGAGCUGACGGAGCCGUCGGCGCUUGAUCGCGUGCCGGCAGAUAUCCGGCUUGCCAUCCAGAAGGCACGGCUUGAGAAGAAGAUGAGCCAAGCGGAGCUAGCGAAGCAAAUCAACGAGCGCGCGCAGGUGGUGCAGGAUUAUGAGAGCGGUAAAGCUGUUCCGAAACCGGCUCUCCUUGCGAAGAUGGAGCGUGUGCUUGGUGUUAAGUUAAGGGGUAAAGCCAAGUGAAUCGAUAGUGGUAUGGGUUUUCGUAGGUGUCUUUGUUUCGUUUGUGCAUAUUUUCAGGUUUCCGUUGUCGAUCUUUGUUGGAGAAGGUUAGGACGAUGAACAUGUUUUGGGCGUCAAUGUGUAUAGCUUUUGGCUUUGAUGCACUUUAGGUUUCGUAUUUACUUUUUGAAGUUUCUGGUGAAUUGAAUCGAAAGAUUAUAAAAUUUUCGCCAUUU